AUGACGGGGAAAAUACUCGAUUAUGGUAUUUGCGGGAAAAACUGUAGAAUCUGUUUAUAUGCUGAAAAGAUAAAUAUUGAAGCUAGGCCUCAUAAUUGUAAAAAAAAUUGGAAUCAAUCCUCAAAAGCCAUGGAGGCCUUCACGGGAGCAAAGCUGAUGCAGAAUAUUGAAGAACUUUCUCAUAAACCAGUAACAAUUCUUAUAAUGGAUGAUGACGCUGCAACCAUGUCAAAAGCUAGGGAAGUAUUGGGACAUGAGUUGGAAAAAUGGAGCGACAUUGGUCACUCCAAAAAGUCGGUAGGAAAGGCAUUGUACAACUUACAAAAUAAGCACAAGAUAUUGAGUACACGUGUCAUACAGUAUUUUCAGAAAUGUUUUUCGUAUGCUGUCACUCAAAAUAAAGAUAAUGCUUCAGGGUUAAAGGAUGCACUGCAAGCAAUAGUUGAACAUGCAUUUGGAAAUCACGUCAAGUGUGGUAACUGGUGCAAAGCAGGAAAUGUAGAUUAUACAUAUAAAUCACUUCCACAUGGCAAACCUUUCGAAAAUGAAUCGCUGUAUGUUGACUUAUCUGUUAUAUUCAAAUCUGUUGCUAACCAUUCCGAGAAACUUGCCCCUGGAGGCUCCACAAGAGAUGUAGAAUCUACCAACAAUAUAUAUGCAAGUAAAGCCCACAAGCGCACAUGUUACAGUACAAGUGAAUCCCUUGAAAAUAGGAUUGCUGCUGCAGCUGCACAAAAAAAUCUAGGGUAUAACUAUAUGGAAGAUGUUUUUGUAAAGGCACAUUUAUCACCAAGUAAAAUUUUGGAAGUUAACUGUCAAAAAUUAUCAAAAGAAAGAAAACGCCAGUUGAAAUUUGAAGGAGACCCUGAAAUAAAAAAGAGGAAACUAUUGGUGAAAAAGGAGAAAAGAUCUAAUACGGAAUCGUUGGAGAAAAAAGAAGGAGUAACCUAUUCAUCUAAUAUGUCAUUCGCCUCUGUCACUUGUGAUGCAAGUAUACCUGUGAUUAAAUAUAGACCAGAUUUAUCAGAAGUUGCUAGUUGUGAAAAUAUCGUUGUCUUCGACUUGGAGACAUCUUCCUUAGGCUUAGAUUGUGAUAUUUUACAAAUUGCAGCAUCCCAUUUACAUAAAACGUCGGAGUACAGUACUUACAUUCAGCCAAGUAAAUCAAUUUCAACACAGGCCUCAGCUGUUACUGGUUUAACUAGCAAAGGAGGCGUGCUUUUUUAUAAAGGAGACCCUGUUCAAGUACUGUCACAAGAAGCUGCAUUUCAAAACUUUACCUCUUGGUUAGAACAGCAUAAACCAUGUGUCUUAGCAGCUCAUAAUUGUAAAACUUUUGAUGCUCGCCGAUUACUGUACAGUCUGUCAAAAUUUACCUGCUUCGGAGAAUUUAGACAAAAUGUUAGUGGUUUUGUGGAUACUUUGCCAUUGUUUAAAACAUUCUACCCAGAUUUGCCUAAUCAUAAGCAAAAUACAAUUUUUAAAGAAGUUUGCAAAAGUGAUUACAUUGCGCAUAAUGCAAUUGAGGAUGUUGAGGCUCUUAGAGUUUUGUUAGGCAAUAUUUCUAAUAACUACAAGAAAUUUUCAUUUACCAUUGAGAGUAUGAAUUCACAAAUGAAGUUUGACAAUGUUAGUAAAGUAGAUCAAGAGACUUUUACAAACUUAAUUACUCAAAAAAUCAUAUCACAGAGAACAGCUGAUGUUAUGGCCAAAUCAGGCUUAAAAUUAAACCACUUAUAUUAUGCAUUUGAAAAGGAAGGAGAAGACGGAAUUCGAGAACUACUAUUAGAAAAGAGACGAGAUGGAUCGCCCAGAGUAACAAAGAACAAAUCGAUAAUAACGAAGUUAAUUGAUUAUUUCAAAAGACAAUAA